CCCGCCAUUUUAACCGGCUCGCCGCAUUCCAGCGCCGCAUACAAAAGCCACAGAGCAAGCUGCUCCACCAAUCGGAGCUACACUGCCCUCCUCUUCCAUGGGCGAGCCACUGCUGCAUCCACCACUCCUCCCCCUCUCCCUUGCCGCCGGCGAGUAGAGCCUCGUCCUGCCUCUCCCUCCCUUGCUGGAUUCAGACUCGCAGAACAAGAGGUUUUGAUUCCCCUUUCCUCUCCCCCCCCCCCCUGCCCCCACCAAACAGCUUCUCCUGUCGGAUUCUCUGGGCUUCUUCACAUGUCCGCGGCGGCAGCGGGGCAAGAGGUGACGCCGGCCAUCGCGGCGGCGGCCACAGCUGAUGAGGUGGAGGAGUGGGAGGUGUGCGCGUGCUGCGGGCUGAGGGAGGAGUGCACCCCGGCGUACGCGACCGGGGUGCGCGCGCGGUACGGCGGGCGGUGGCUGUGCGGGCUCUGCAGCGACGCAGUGGGCGAGGAGGUCGCGGCCGGAGGCGGGUCGGUGCUGGAGUUGGAGGCGGCGAUCGCUAGGCACGCCACCUUCUGCCGGGCGCUCGGCGGGCGCAGGACGCCGGACGCGGCCGAGAGGCUCAUCGCGGCGGUGCGGCGGCUGCUCCGCAACGGGAGCGGCAAGGAGGAGAAGACCGUGGUGGUGUAGAGUUCCAGGAGGCCUGAUGACUGCCUGAGACGGAUCGAAGAUUUGUUCUUGCAGGCGGCGCUAGCUAGCAUAGUGCUAGUCUUUUUGUUUUCAUGGUUUUCCCGUAAUGUACAUUUAGUUCUGAAUAUUUACAUGCUUAAUUAAGACAUAAAUGCUGCAAUUUCUCCAGCCUCGUGUAUAAAAGUCUUAGAAAUGGGAAACGUCAGAAAUUUUGGAAGAAAGGGGCUCUGGGAGAUUUACAUGUAUAAAAGCUAGAAGAUGGGAAAAUUCCAUCUUCCAUGUUAUUUAGUUCAAGUUUACCAAUUUGCACACUUUAUCUGAUUUAGCA